AUGGAUGCACUUCUGAAUAGAAAGCAUCAAUUACAAAACAAGUUGGACAUGCUUCAUGCAAAAAAACAAUCAAAAAUAGACCAGGAUGCACAAGUUGCACGGAAUAUCAGUCAACAUAAGGAAACUCUUGUACAAUUAAACAUAGAUCUCAUAGGCAUACGUACAGUUCUUAUUGAAAAGCGUAGAUUGAUUGAAAAACUACAAAGUGAGAUCGAAAUAUAUAAGAAAGAAGUAAUAAAGAAUGCAGAACAGAAGCUUAAGACACAGUAUAUUGGAAUUGUAGAUGAAAUGAACAAAAUCCGUCCCUCAAUGACAUUCUCCACAUUUGGAGAGUUUGCCAAACUCAAGAUCCUUAUUGACAAUAAUGUUUUUAAUAGACUCGAGAAGAGAUUGAAUGCAAAGUACAUCCAAGAGAAAGAAAAGCUCAAGGUAUAUAUCCUAAAUCAGAUAGACAAGAGGAUAGAUGGAGAGAGGGUGCUACAUGAACUUGUUUUUUAUAUGAGAUUUCUGCGCAAGUAUGAUGAAUACUUUGAGGAGGAUGUCAUAGGAGAUUACAUGUGCAGUCGUCUUUUGUCUGGAUUUGAGUACCAUUUUAUGAGUGAUAGGGAAUCAAACAGAUUGGACAGGCCAGAGUGGUUUUUUGAUUUUAUUCAGCAGAGAGCCAAAGAGGCGAAGGAAUUAUUUGAGAUGUAUGAGAAUAUGCCUGGAGAGUCAGGUAGCCUUGAUGUACACAAUGGAUUUAAAAGAUUUGUGAGCAAGGCGAUGGAGCUGACAGAAAUGAAGAGCAAAGAGGUUUCUGAAUGCAAUAGCAAGCAGAAGAGGAACCUGAUGCUGCAUUUUGGAAGGGAAGCGAUUAAGUUUUGUAGUGAAAUGCAUAAGAAGUAUGGGAUUGCUGUUGGAACAGUGAGUAUUGGAGAUGCAUUGCACAAGGAGCAGACGAUAUACUUCAGCAAACGAAUUAGUGCGAUCCAUGAGAUGAAAUACAGGAAGUGGUUUGAGGGGUAUAAGGAUGUGAGUAGGGAGUGUCUGAUGUACAUGCAUGGAUUCAGGAUGUUAGACACUGGGUGUAUGAUGGAUGAUGUAAUUAGAUGGAUUGUUGAGUACAACAGGGUGUUUCUAGAAAGUCUAAGAUAUGUAAACAGGGAGGAGAUUGAGGUAUUGUGUAGGACAUACAGCGAGUUUGAGAUGUACAAGGAGUUUCUGAUUGAGCAAGAGAGUGAGAUUGUUUUUGACAGCAAAUUGAACAUCAGUGUGGAUAUGCCAGAAAUAGAAGGAAGCAAGAAGGAUGUGCUGCAUUAUGCAGUGCAGAGAUCGCUUGAGGAUGUAUCGAAGUUUAAUUCUGAGAGCUUCAGAAUGAUUAUGAAGCUGGCAGCAAAUGAUGCAAACAACAUUUUGCGAAUACUAGGACGGUUUGUGUAUAACCCAAGUGGUACUGCACGGAACCUGAUAGUUGAGGCUGGACGAGAGAUGGAUGAUUAUAGACAGUGUGUGUCGUUUUCAGCGGUUAGAAGGUGCUUUAAGGAGAAGAUUGAUGAGUACGUGCUUGAGGAAGUGAUACUGAAGCAUAGACUUGAUGGAGAGCAGUAUUUUGAACUUGUUGACAUGAUUGGCAGACUUAAGGAGUUAUUUGAAGAUGAUGAAUGGAAAUGUGAGAUUGGAUGCAAGUAUGUUGGAGAUAUCUUUAACGGAAGAGAGAUUGAUGAGCCACUGUUUAGAAUAAUCAAUGGUUUGUACGAGAAUGAAACCUGA